AUGGAGGAGAAGGCUGCGAGGAAGUGGAAGAUGCCUCGAGACACUCAGGCAGACAAGCUGAGAAUAGAGACCAGGGAGGACAAAUCCCCAUGGCAGAACCUCAUGGAAGAGGCAGAUUUGAGCGGCUCCAUGGCACAGGAAUCUAACAAGGAGGAAAAUUCCCUGAGAUCCCGCAGGAGGAGGGGCUUCAAACCCAGCCCAGGGUGCUCUGAGGAGGAAAGACCCACCCUGUGCCAGGAAGGUGGACAGAGCUUCAGCCAGGGCUUGGAGAUGGUGGUCCAUGAGCAGCUUCCUGAUGGGGAGAAGCCCUACAAGUGCUUGGAGUGUGGGAAGAGCUUCAGGCAGAGCAGCACCCUGAUCCGCCACCAGAUGAUCCACACUGGGAAAUGGCCCUACGAGUGUGGGGAGUGUGGGAAGGGCUUCAGCUGCAGCUCAGAACUUGUCAGGCAUCAACGCAUCCACACUGGGGAGAGGCCCUACGAGUGUCCUGACUGUGGGAAGAGGUUUCACACCAGCUCCAAUCUCCUCCAGCACCAGCGAAUUCACACAGAUGAGAGGCCCUUCCACUGCCCUGACUGUGGGAAGAGCUUCAAGUACAACUCCUACCUCAUGAAGCACCAGCGCAUCCACACUGGGGAGAAGCCCUACCAGUGUCCCCAGUGUGGGAAGAGGUUUCACAUGAGCUCCAAUCUCCUCCAGCACCAGCGGAUUCACACAGAUGAGAGGCCCUUCCUCUGCCCUGAGUGCGGGAAGGGCUUCAACCGCAACUCCCACCUUGUCACCCACCAGCGCAUCCACACCAGGGAGAGGCCCUACGAGUGUCCCCAGUGUGGGAAGAGCUUCACCCAGAGCUCUCAUUUGAGCAGACACCAACACAGUCACCAGUAA